GGAAACAAAACAUAAAUUUGCAAAAUUCUUCACCUGCUUUUUGCAGCGAAUCGAGCAAGAAGAGCAUUUGGAAAAAGCACAGACAUUAACUAAAUUAAAUGGCAUUACAGUAUCUAAAGAGACUUGGAUGGUCUAUAAACAGAGUAAGCAGCAAUAAACGAUUAAGAUACGUAAUGCCAAUGAUGCAAAAAUAUACCAUAAAUUCAAGUAUCAGCUCGACAACGGAACGCAUGUCUAAUAACAAUAACGGUCGUCAAUAUAAGCAAAAGAAGAAAUUUGGUAAAUUUUUUAUACCCGUAUUGGGUGCAGUUAUUGUGGGUGGUAUUUGUUAUAAUCAUUCUGGCAUCGUGGAAGCAAAAACUAUCAACCUCGCGGGACGCAGAAGGCAAUAUAAUUUUAUAGCCGAUGUGGUUGAAAAUUGUGCCGACUCUGUUGUUUAUAUUGAAAUUAAAGAUAUGAGACAUUUUGACUAUUUUACGGGGAAACCGGUAACGGCAUCAAAUGGUUCAGGGUUUAUUAUCGAAUCGAACGGUAUCAUACUCACCAACGCUCAUGUGGUUAUUAAUAAACCUCACACCAUGGUUCAAGUGCGUUUAUAUGAUGGUCGGGUCUUCCCCGCUGUAGUGGAAGAUGUCGAUCAAAAUUCAGACUUGGCCAUAGUGCGCAUACAGUGUAAAGAUUUGCCUGUUAUGCGUUUGGGGGAGAGUGCCAAUUUGAGAUCUGGUGAGUGGGUAGUGGCUUUGGGUAGCCCACUGGCAUUGAGUAACACUGCAACGGCCGGUGUUAUCAGUUCCACUCAGAGGCCAUCACAAGAAUUAGGUUUAACAAAUCGCGAUAUAAAUUAUUUACAAACUGACGCGGCAAUCACAUUCGGUAAUUCGGGUGGUCCACUAGUCAAUUUGGAUGGCGAAGCCAUCGGUGUCAAUUCAAUGAAAGUAACGGCCGGUAUUAGUUUUGCAAUACCUAUAGAUUAUGUAAAGCUGUUUUUGGAAAAAGUUAACGAGCGGCGUAAACGAGGCUCCUCCGGUCGCUUGACAUAUCCAGCCAAACGUUACAUGGGCAUUACAAUGUUAACUUUGACUAAUGAUAUACUUAAUGAACUGAAAAUGCGUAGCCAAAACGUGCCCAGCAAUCUAAAACAUGGGGUCUUAGUAUGGAAAGUGAUAUUAGGUUCACCGGCUGAUAUCGGUGGCCUCAGCCCGGGUGACAUUGUCACCCAUAUUAAUAAAAAAGAAGUUAAAACAUCAUCGGAUGUCUACGAAGCCUUGGCGGAGAAUACCAAAUCCUUACAAAUUACAAUAUUUCGGGGUCUUAAGGAGAUAACACUUACAGUUACGCCGGAGGAUCCCUAAGACAGCGCGUCGACUCUGAAUUAAAACAACUGCCGACUUUUUUAUGUCCUACCAAUAGUUCAUUUUCAUUACGACUAACAUUGGUCGAUGUAAUUGACAGUAUUUCGAUGGUCAUCUGUUCUGUUAUAUCCAGCAAAAAUGUUGUCUUCAUUUGCAAUAAUCACGAUUGGGUACGUCCGCCCCGUUUCGAAUGGAUCGAAAAUCUCCUCUCUCCCAUCAUAUAUUAUGAGCUAUGUCAAAUAGAGUUAACACAACUAUCCGAUCCAUUUCUUUUGCU